AUGGGUUGUAUUCAGGCUAAGGGGACCGUGUGCAGCCCUACAAAUGGUCUUGGCAAGUUGAAACUUGACAAUGGAUAUGUUCAAGGACGUGAUGCAAAGAAACAGGAUCACAAUAAGGCAUCUCGGCCCAAAGUGGACGUUAAGAAUGAGGUGGUUGCCGCCGGCGGUGGUGGGCGGGAGAGAAAGAUCAGUAGAGAAGGUGAGAGAGGCAUCAAUGGCGGUGGAAAUGUUUCACAGAGGAUUUCAGUCAAGAAACUUGCUGUAGAUGAACUGGUUGGUGGAUGGCCUAAAUGGCUUGUUGAUCAUGUUCCCAGCGAUGUUUUGGCUGGUUUUAUUCCAACAACUGCUGAUUCUUACGAUAAGCUCGCAAAGGCUAAGGGGACCGUGUGCAGCCCUACAAAUGGUCUUGGAAAGUUGAAACUAGACAAUGGAUAUGUUCAAGGACGUGAUGCAAAGAAACAGGAUCACAAUAAGGCAUCUCGGCCCAAAGUGGACGUUAAGAAUGAGGUGGUUGCCGCCGGCGGUGGUGGGCGGGAGAGAAAGAUCAGUAGAGAAGGUGAGAGAGGCAUCAAUGGCGGUGGAAAUGUUUCACAGAGGAUUUCAGUCAAGAAACUUGCUGUAGAUGAACUGGUUGGUGGAUGGCCUAAAUGGCUUGUUGAUCAUGUUCCCAGCGAUGUUUUGGCUGGUUUUAUUCCAACAACUGCUGAUUCUUACGAUAAGCUCGCAAAGGUAGGCCAUGGAACGUAUAGCAAUGUGUAUAAGGCUCGGCAUAAGUUCACCGGUAAGCUGGUUGCCUUAAAGAAGGUUCGUUUCGAUAAAUCAGAGCCUGAAAGUGUAAAAUUUAUGGCAAGAGAGAUCAUAAUGUUGAAGCACCUUGACCAUCCGAAUAUUAUUAAGCUUGAAGGAAUAGCCACAUCAAGAAUGCAAUACAGUCUUUAUCUAGUAUUUGAUUUUAUGCCAUCAGAUUUAACCAAAGUCAUCUCACGUUCAGAAGGAAGGCUUACUGCACCUCAGGUCAAGUGUUAUAUGCAGCAGCUGCUCUCAGGUCUUCAGCAUUGCCACGAGAGGGAAAUUUUGCACAGGGACAUAAAAGGAUCCAAUUUGCUGAUUGACAGGAAUGGGAUGCUCAAGAUUGCUGAUUUUGGGCUAGCUAAUUUUUACAAAAACAAAACAAAACCCACUCUCACGAGCAGAGUUGUGACAUUAUGGUACAGAGCCCCAGAACUACUACUAGGCUCUACAGAUUAUGGGGUUGGCAUUGAUCUGUGGAGUGCAGGAUGCCUGUUAGCAGAGAUGUUUGAGGGACGACCAAUUAUGCCUGGCAGGAACGAGGUAAUACCAUCUUCAAGUACUUGUGCUGCUACUAGCUAA